GCAGCCCUGACUGAAGCACGCUGAGGCAAAGUGCCGACAAUGCUGUAUUUCUUAUUAAAUAUAUAACAAAAGUAAUGAAAUCUGGCGCAUAACUAAAAAUAAUUAAGAUCGGAAUAUUAACUAGAAGUUAUAGAUUGUGCCUAACUUAAAAUCACAUUUUUAAUCCAUCAGCAGCGAAUACUUAACUCAAGAUAAAAUGGCUGGUGUGUUAUUUGAGGACAUAUUCAACGUGAAGGACAUGGAUCCCGAGGGUAAAAAGUUCGAUCGCGUUUCCCGCCUGCACUGCGAAUCCGAAUCCUUUAAAAUGGAUCUCAUCCUGGACAUAAACUCGUGGCUCUAUCCCAUGGAAUUGGGCGACAAAUUCCGCUUGGUGCUCGCCACGACGCUACGCGAGGACGGCUGCCCCGACAGCGGCGAAUACAAUCCCAUGGAGCACGAGGGCACACGGGCCGACAGCUUCGAGUAUGUGAUGUAUGGAAAGAUCUAUCGCAUUGAGGGCGAUGAGGCGCAUAACGAAUCGUCGCGUCUCUCGGCGUAUGUCUCCUUUGGAGGCCUGCUGAUGCGUCUGCAGGGUGAUGCCAACAAUUUGCAUGGCUUCGAGGUGGACCAGCACAUGUACCUGCUAAUGAAACGUCUGGCGUUUUGAAUUCCAUACAAUAAAUGUGUUAACAAAAAAAGGUUUCAUU